GUGGGGGAGCGACCCGGAGGCGGGAGGCGCAGUGGCUGAGGCGCGUCUGCGCUGGUGAUCAGAAUUAGGUAGACCAUGACUGUGCCUUCGGUGGCGUCACUCGCUGGGCCGCUUACCCUGAGAUUUCCCUAAGCCAUCUCCUGGUGGAACUGCUCCCAGAUUUUAUCUAUAAGUGCUUGUGGAAAAGAUGGCUGAUAUUAACCUCAAAGAAGUAACCUUAAUAGUAGGGGUGGUUACUGCCUGCUAUUGGAACAGCCUCUUUUGUGGUUUUGUUUUUGAUGAUGUUUCAGCAAUACUGGAUAAUAAAGACCUGCAUCCAUCUACACCUUUAAAAACUUUAUUUCAAAAUGACUUCUGGGGAACCCCUAUGUCUGAGGAGAGAAGCCACAAGUCUUACCGACCCUUAACAGUGCUGACAUUUCGCUUAAAUUAUCUGUUUAGUGAACUGAAACCAAUGUCGUAUCAUCUCCUAAAUAUGAUUUUUCAUGCUGUGGUUAGUGUGAUAUUUCUUAAAGUCUGUAAGCUUUUUCUGGACAACAGGAGUAGUGUGAUUGCUUCUUUACUUUUUGCAGUGCACCCAAUACACACAGAAGCAGUAACUGGUGUUGUAGGAAGAGCAGAACUUUUGUCAUCUAUCUUUUUUCUAGCUGCAUUUUUGUCAUAUACUAAAUCAAAAGGACCAGAUAAUUCCAUAGUAUGGACUCCAAUUGCUUUGACAGUGGUUUUAGUUGCUGUUGCAACAUUGUGUAAAGAACAAGGAAUAACAGUUGUGGGAAUUUGCUGUGUGUAUGAAGUAUUUAUUGCCCAGGGGUAUACUUUGCCAUUAUUAUGUACUACUGCCGGACAGUUUUUCCGUGGAAAGAGUAGUAUUCCAUUUUCUAUGCUGCAGACACUAAUAAAACUAAUUGUUUUGAUGUUCAGUACACUAUUACUUGUUGUGAUUAGAGUUCAGGUCAUUCAGUCCCAACUUCCAGUAUUCACCAGGUUUGAUAACCCAGCUGCUGUAAGCCCAACUCCUACAAGGCAACUAACUUUUAACUACCUCCUUCCAUUGAAUGCUUGGCUUCUAUUAAAUCCUUCAGAACUCUGCUGUGAUUGGACCAUGGGAACAAUACCACUUAUAGAGUCAUUUCUAGAUAUUCGAAAUCUUGCCACAUUUACUUUCUUUUGCUUUUUGGGGGCUUUGGGGGUAUUCAGUCUCAGAUACCCUGGUGAUUCCUCCAAGACUGUUUUAAUGGCACUUUGUCUAAUGGCAUUACCAUUUAUUCCUGCAUCAAACCUUUUCUUCCCAGUUGGAUUUGUUGUUGCUGAGCGAGUAUUAUAUGUUCCUAGCAUGGGGUUCUGUAUUUUGGUGGCCCAUGGAUGGCAGAAAAUAUCAAACAAAAGUGUAUUAAAAAAGCUAUCUUGGGUUUGUCUGUCUAUGGUGAUAUUCACUCAUGCCUUAAAAACACUCCACAGAAAUUGGGAUUGGGAGUCUGAAUAUACAUUGUUUAUGUCAGCCUUGAAGGUAAAUAAAAAUAAUGCCAAAUUAUGGAAUAAUGUGGGUCAUGCUCUAGAAAAUGAAAAGAACUUUGAGAGAGCUUUGAAAUAUUUCUUACAGGCUACUCAUGUACAGCCAGAUGAUAUUGGUGCUCACAUGAAUGUAGGAAGAACUUAUAAAAAUUUAAAUAGAACCAAAGAAGCUGAAGAAUCUUAUAUGAUGGCUAAGUCCCUGAUGCCCCAAAUCAUUCCUGGUAAAAAAUAUGCAGCCAGAAUUGCGCCUAACCACUUAAAUGUUUAUAUUAAUCUGGCCAAUCUGAUCAGAGCAAAUGAGUCCCGCCUGGAAGAAGCAGAUCAGCUAUACCGACAAGCAAUAAGCAUGAGACCCGACUUCAAGCAGGCUUAUAUUAGCAGAGGAGAAUUGCUUUUAAAAAUGAAUAAGCCUCUUAAAGCAAAAGAAGCAUAUCUUAAAGCACUGGAGCUGGACAGAAAUAAUGCAGAUCUUUGGUACAACUUGGCGAUUGUUCAUAUUGAACUUAAAGAACCAAAUGAAGCCCUAAAAAAUUUUAAUCGUGCUUUAGAACUAAAUCCAAAGCAUAAGCUAGCAUUAUUCAAUUCUGCUAUAUUAAUGCAAGAAUCAGGUGAGGUUAAACUCAGACCUGAAGCUAGAAAACGUCUUCUUAGCUAUAUAAAUGAAGAGCCACAAGAUGCUAAUGGUUAUUUCAAUUUGGGAAUGCUUGCCAUGGAUGACAAAAAGGACAGUGAAGCAGAGAUGUGGAUGAAGAAAGCUAUAAAACUACAGGCCGAUUUUAGAAGUGCUUUGUUUAAUCUGGCUCUCCUGUAUUCUCAGACUGCAAAGGAAUUAAUGGCUUUGCCAAUUUUGGAAGAGUUACUCAGAUACUAUCCUGAUCAUAUCAAGGGUCUCAUUUUAAAGGGAGACAUUCUGAUGAAUCAAAAGAAAGAUAUACUUGGAGCAAAAAAAUGUUUUGAAAAAAUUUUGGAGAUGGAUCCAAACAAUGUGCAAGGAAAACAUAAUCUCUGUGUUGUUUAUUUUGAAGAGAAGGACUUACUAAAAGCUGAAAGAUGCCUGGUUGAAACAUUGGCAUUAGCACCACAUGAAGAAUAUAUUCAACGCCAUUUAAAUAUAGUCAGGGAUAAAAUUUCCUCAUCUAGUUUUGCAGAACAGCCAGUAUCCCCAGCUGGUAAGACUUCAGGUGUAGGAGACAAAAUUCCAACUGAAAAUGUAAAAGAAGUAAGAAGUAAACCCAGACCUACACAGAUCAUAAAAUCAAGUGAUAAUAAAAGUCAAUCUAAGUCCAACAAACUAUUAGGAAAAAAUACAGACAAAGAGACCCCCCAUAAAACAACAAAAGAAAUCAAAGAAAUUGAGAAGAAAAGAGUUGCUGCUUUAAAAAGACUAGAAGAAAUUGAACGUAUUUUAAAUGGUGAAUAGCAUUAUUUAUCAUGUGACAGUUUCAAAGAACUUCAGUCUAUCUUAUGUGAUUCGUUUUACUGGGAGCUUUGAAAAAAUAACAAGUGUACACGUAACAAACAGUCUGUCAUGAGCCUGCCUCUCUAUAGGAUCAAAAUACAAUUUUCAUUAAAUACCUGUCUUACCCCAGGGUAUGUAUUGCAUAAGGUAUGACAGUAGUUUUCUGAGUUUUGGUGAAUAUAGCAGAAAUACUAAAUUACAGUUUGCAAAUUUGUAUCUUUUAUGUGGAAGGAAGAUUCUUCCUGCAGAGUAAUCUUGACUACUCUCAAUUAAAAAUAAUCUGAAGCCUGAAUGAUAAACUCUUGGGGGCAAAUUCAACAUAUGGUGGUUUAUUCUAUGAAUUUGCAUUUAUUAGUUGAUUUCAUUACUUUCUCUUAGCUAUUGGAAUCUGAAUAGUGAAAUGAAUAAUGAGUUGAAAACACUUAAUUGAACAUAUUCUUUUUUCUUUGGUAACUUCUAUUUAACAAAGGAACUUUGCACCACAAAAGAAUACUAGCUUCCUUUAUGUUAUGUUCUUUGGUUGAUUUUUAGGACUACCAGAUGAAACUUUUUAAAAUAAGUCAUAUGACAUGUUUUAAGAAUGUAUUUUCAUAGUUGUAUGCUUGUCUUUAACUAAUUUUGGUCUGAAAUGCAAUUUUUAAUCAGGUAAAGUUUUAAAUACACACACACACACAGAUAUAGACAUAUAUAUGUGUGCAUAUAUAUACACAUACACAUUUCUAAUGGUGCUCAUAUAUAACGUAUUUUUAUUUUUUUACAUACUGAGAGUUUCACAGCAUGAACCCCACGUAAAUCAUAACUGUCUUUGAUUUUUUUACUUAUAAAAAUAUUAUAAUUAUUGGGGGAAAGUCCCAAUAAUUAUUAUUUAAACUUUUGAGUUAAAACAUAGUAAGAUCCUCUUUCAUCUUAGUGUUUACUCUCUAGUGUUAUUUGAAUUUUAAUUGUUCCAAAAACAUACUUUAAUCCUUCUUAGAUACUUUAAGCAACUAAAUUCAGUUCUUUAUUUCAGUGAAGACAAAACAAUGUGACGAAGUUUUAUUUUUAAACACUAAGUUCUUGAUAUCUUCCGAUGGUGUAUAUUUUUAUUAAAUAUUUAUUUUGACUACUGAGCUUUCAUAAAAAAUUCAUAGCUGUUUUAAUUCCAUCAACUAUGGAAAACAAAUUGCUAUUGCAUUUUCCUAUAUAUGCAUAUAUUAGUUUAACCAAAAUUUUAUCAUUUUGGGCCUAUUUUCCAGCUACAAAAGGUAAUUAACCUCAUAUAGGAUUAAUAGUUGAUUUUAACAAUUUUAAACCUGAAAACCAUUAGGUUGAGCAGUAGAUAAAAUCAAAUUUAUUAAUUUAUAUCUGGUUUUUGACUUAAAAUACAUUUCAGAUGAGUUUUACAAUACCUAAUAAAGUUGGUUUUAAUUUAAAAUAUUAAAGCUCAAGCUAUCAUCCUGGGAUAGUAACUGAUUUCUAAUUAUGUAGAAUUUCAAAAACUGCACUUCUGUUCCUUUGAGAUAACUAAUUUCUAAUUAUGUUAUAAAAAUAAUAUUGCUGUAAGUUUUUAUAAAAUAUUUUCUAAAUAGGUCACAAGAUAUAUAGUCUGCAUUAAAGACCCACUCUUACUAGCUUUCCUGAGGUUGUGUCAUAGGUUAUUUUUUAGGCAAUUUAAAUCAAGCAUUGACACCAAUCAUGGUUUAUUUUUGAUUUAGGAGAUUCUGUUCAGGAUUUAAAGCAAUACCCAGUUUCAGUUUUUAAAUUAAGGCUUUGUGACUCCAGAUAUAAGAUGGAGAAUACCUCAUAUACUAUGACUUGAAAAACGAAAUCUAUGUUAAUCUUAUGUUCUCUCCACAUAUCUUGAGAAAAAGUUUCUGAGUUUGAUCUCUUCCAUUGUAGUAUCAAGUGAGGAUAAUUCAGAAAAGUAGAAGAGAAGUCUUUUGUGACAGCAGAUCAUAAUAUGAGCUUUGAGUAGUAUUUUAAUAAAAUUGUAUAACUAUUCAAAAGAUAAAAAAAUAUAUUGGUAUCCAAUGAUUUUUAUAGAAGAAAGAAUUUUCCUCCUUAUUGCACUUAGAACAAUGCCUAUCAUGUAGGAGGUGCUCAUAUGUUUGCAUUUUAAAUUAUUUAAAUCAAAUCCACACUGAGUGAAUAAUAACUUUUCCAAAUUAAUGUUUCAACUCUCACUUCAUAUUAGAAUCACCGGGAGGACUCUUGUGGACCCCACUCCACAACAAUUUAAUUUGAAUUUUUUAGGGAGGGUGCCAUUCCAUUUUGCUUAAAGUUCUCAGAUUCUAAUUUGUAGUGAGGGUUAAUGACCAUUGCUCAAAAGUAGUUCAGGAAAUUCUAUAUUAGUUCAAGAAAAUUCUCCUAUCUCUUCGGUGUUAACUUUUUAAAUUAGUAACAUAACCCAGUUAGGUUUUGAUGUUUUAAUAAUUACGCUCUUCUGAUGACUAGUAUUUAUUUCAUUUUACGUACCAUCAAGCUUGCUUAUGUGUAAGAUGAUUAUUCUCUUUAAACUCAUAGUAGAACUCUUAUUCAAGCUGUUCAAGUGAAAAAAGGUAAUAGAUUUUUUAACCCUUUUUUGGAACUGCCUUUAUGGGGAAAUGGAUGAUUAGAGACAUUUUAGUCCAGUUCACUAACCUGUGGUUCACAGAUAUAAGCAUCUAUAUGUUUGGCAAAGAAAGCUUAUCAUACAUAGGUUUGUGUGCUGGUAAAGGGAUGUAUUUUUAGUUCUCACUGUUUUACAAAAGAAUAUAUUCCCCCAGGAAAGCUUUGACAAUCCCUAAGGGACAAUUAUGUUACUUUUUUUCACUGCUUGUCAGAAGAAAGAAUUAAGUUUUUCUCCUAUUGCCCUCAUGGUAUUUUCUUAUUAACAUUCAGAAUUGGGAAUUUUAUCUUGUAACUAUCCCAGGAAGUAAUUUCAUGAAGCUAAUGACUUGGAGGAUAAAACGAAUAUGUUUGCAAUUUUGUUUUUACUUUUAUGUAAAUAUUUAGUAUGUGAUUUACACAAUUCUAAUAAAACCUUAUGCCUUUUCAUUACAUCUAAUUUGAGCUCUCAACUUCAUGUUGCAGAAUACUUCUUUGAAGAUGCUUUAAUGAAAACUAUUAUCAAAAUAUAUAGAUUUAUAUGUCAAUUUCUAUUUCAGAAAUCCAUAUAUUUGUCGUAUUUAUUUUUUUAAAGACUUCCUAAAUGUUUGCAUGACUAAAUGGUAUUUAAAAUGAACCCCCCAAAUAUCUGGUACCUUUGUCCAAAAUUUUGUCUCUUGGAAGCUGUUAGCCAUCCGUGUUAAGGGUUUAUAAGAAAAUAGUUUAAUAUUAUAUGCAUUUUAUAUUA